CCGCAGUCGGUGUAUUCUUGUAUCUGACUUGUGAAUGUGGCAACGGCGAGUCAGGGAGGGGUGAACCGGUGUUUGGAUUUUUAUAUUCAAGUAACGAUAGCGAGUUUAUGGUCAUAGCUUGUGAUAUAUAUUUAGAAACAACAACGGAAUCACGAUUUUUGUUUUGACUAUUAUUGUCUAACCCGAAGAGAAUAUGAAAAAUAACAUGGGGCGGUAGGGGACAUUGAAAUGAUUAUCUGCGAGGAUUCAUAGCACAAGCUGUUUCUUUUUUUUCGUUUUCCCCACUUUGGAUUUAUUUUACAUACCGUGGGAAAGCCGGAAAAGCCGCCGGACAGCGGGCCGAGAGGAUGGACCAGGCGAAUAUCCUGAGAAAGUUCAUCCAAGGGGUCUGUGUUAUGCGAGAAGGGGACCAGAAAGGAGAGGAUAACUUCGGCAGUGACUUUAUGAGAUUACGAAGAUUAUCGACCAAAUACAGGACAGAGAAGAUCUACCCCACCAACGUCGGGGAAAAGGAAGACAAUGUGAAGAAGAACCGCUAUAAAGACAUACUGCCCUUUGACCACACGAGGGUAAAGCUGACUUUAAAAACAACCAAUCAGGAUUCAGAUUACAUCAAUGCCAGCUUCAUCAAGGGAAUGGAUGGUCCAGAGGCCUACAUCGCUACCCAGGGUCCUCUACCCAACACUGUCAUCGACUUCUGGAGAAUGAACUGGGAGUACAGUGUAGCCGUCAUCGUAAUGGCAUGUCGAGAAUUCGAGAUGGGAAGGAAAAAGUGUGAGCGGUACUUUCCCCAGUUUGGUGAUGAGCCCAUGUCUUUUGGCCCGUUCAGAAUCUCCUGUGAAUCAGAACAGCCCAGAACGGACUAUUUCAUCAGGACCCUGACAGUGGAGCAUGAGAAUGAGACACGGAGGAUAACCCAGUUCCAUUACAUCAACUGGCCAGACCAUGACGUUCCCUCGUCCUUUGACUCCAUCUUGGAUAUGAUUGGUCUGAUGAGAGAGUACCAGGAGCAUGAUGAUGUACCCAUCUGUAUACACUGCAGUGCUGGCUGUGGGAGGACAGGCGCCAUCUGUGCUAUAGACUACACGUGGAACCUACUAAAGGCUGGGAAGAUUCCAGAAGACUUCAACGUGUUCCGGCUGAUUCAGGAGAUGAGAACACAGAGGCAUUCUGCUGUUCAGACCAAGGAACAGUAUGAGUUGGUUCACAGAGCCAUCUCUCAGCUCUUUGAGAAACAGCUGCAGCUCCUGGAGAGCCCCACCAACUCAGAGAUCCAUGGUGGCAUGGACGAUGGGCUCAGCCCAGAGAAAGCUGGACACCAGUCAGAUGAGGAGCGAUGGGACACACCGCCCCCCAAACCACCCCGCAUACGCAGCAGUCAGUUGGAAGGGGACGUGAAAGAGGAGAUCCUUCAGCCCCCAGAGCCACGCCCGGUUCCUCCCAUCCUGACCCCAUCUCCCCCCUCUGCCUUCCCCACCGUCACCAACGUACGUCAGGACAACGACCGCUACCACCCCAAGCCUGUCAUCCACGUCCUGGCCUCUGCACAACAACAACAGCAGCCCCAGAAAGCCCAACAAGCCCCCGACCUGAAGGAGAACUAUAACAAGACAUCGUUGGACAGUGUCCCCUCAGGAGGCCCCCCUGCCCAGGCCCCCUCUCCCUCCUCCCCCUCCCCAGUGGACGGGGCAGUGCGUCUAGAGAGGAAGCUGAGUAUUGAGAUACAGAAGGUUCCGUUACAGGAGGGUCCUAAGAGCUUCGAUGGUAACAGCAAGCUGCAUAGAUCCCUUGCCUUCAAGGCCCGCUCCAACACCUCCAGUUCCUCUCUUUCUGAGGACUCAGGGGCCGACGGGGGCCCCCAACAUAACACACCAGGGCGCCUUUGGACCCCUCCUCCCGCUGGAUCAGCCCAGAGAAAGCCCCCCACGCCUCCAGCCCUGGUGGCUGGGUCAGAGAGCCUCCCCAUCUCCAAUCUGUCCUCUUCCCAGCCCCUCUCCUCCACCUCCACCCCUGUCAGGACUGCUCUGAGCUUCACCAAUCCUCUGCACUCAGACUUCCCUGAUGUGAAGGGAGAUGGAGGAGGGGAGUGUUCCAGACCUUCAUGGUCCUCCAAGGCUACGGCCACGGUUACGGCGGCCCAUGGAGAACACCCGCCCAGGAAGGUGUCGACCAUGUCCAUCGCCGAGCAACGGUCGCCGACGGAAACGGCAUCAAACCCAUCAGAGUUGAAGGCACCAGGAUCAUCAGACUGGACUAUCUCAGAGGACCAGUCAGGAAAAGGUUUUCCUCAGGAGCAGAGGAGUACACAGGCACAGGUAGCAGAGAGAGAACCGUCAGGAGAGAGGAGUAAGAAGAUUUCAGAUGCAGCAGGAGUAGAAACAUCAGCUGCCAACACCACAGUAGCAGACAGCACAGCAGAGAGCAAGGCUUCCUCAGAGAUGGGAUACGGUAACCGCUGCACACAACCCAAAGGCCCCAGGGACCCCCCCUACACAGUGGACAUGAUCAUGGCUUCUACCUAUAGCCAACGACCCCUUCACUGUCCUCCUCCACCCUCCAAAUCCUCCUUGAUCCUCACCUUGUCUCUUUCAAGUGCCACUGUGUUUGAAGUAGAUGACUGGGUGCUGUCCCAUCCUUGGACACUGCCAUUUGAGACAAAGCCUAAAACACAAUCUGCAAAGCAAUUUAGAUAAUCUACCCAGGAUGCAACGGUACACCUUUCUGCUGUACUUGUGCCAGUUGCCAGGGGCUCUCUGUGUGCUGGUGCUAUUAUGUGUUUCCCAAAUGGAACUCCAUUCCAUAUAUAGUGCACUACUUUUGACCAGGGACCAUGGGCUCUGGUCAAAAGUAGUGCACUACUUAGGGAAUAGUGUGUCAUUUGGGAUGUACAAUUAUCUUAUCUCCUUCUCUGCUGGGACCAUACAAACCUGCCUUAUUCCCUUUGGGGGCAAAUCCUAACUUCCACUUAAGUUGAAUUUUCACUUAGUCAUGAGGAUGUGAAUGGGAGAGAAUUUGUCUUAAAUGCAAGUUAGGAUUUGACUCUUAGUCCGAAACAAUCCGUCACAUUGGAUCCUGAUUCAUCUUUUUGUUUGGUUUUCUAUUCCAGAAAAAUACUUGACUUUCUUAUCUUCUGUACUUUUAGACUUGUAUUAUGCCAUGACAGAAGAAGACAUGUAUCACUAGGGACAGAGGACUACUGUUAUAUUAUUUACUUUCAUUUUCAUUUCUUUGCUAACUUCUCGAUAGCUAUAUAUGCAUUGUUUUAUAAAUGUACAGGGCAACUAGGUAUAUAAUAUUUAAUGUGCUAUCUCUAAAUAUUCUUAUUAACAGAAGAUGUAACAAAUCUGUCCAUGACACCCCUCCCUCUCCCCAAUGUUCCUCCAACUGUAAAUGAUUUGUCCUCUUGUUCUAGCAAAUAAUGCAGGGUUUUGUUCUAAUGAUGUUUAACGGUUUUGGAUCAGCUGGACCUGGCAUAGCGCCGUCCUCUUGCUGAGAUGGCAAACGGGCUCAAGAUUGUGUGAUGAUAAUGCUCUUUUUGUAAAUUCUAUUCUAGAGGAUAUUUUUGUAUAUGCCGUUUCUCCUCUCUUCAGUUUCUGCCCUACACCAGGGAUAGUCCACUCCAGUCUGGGAGGACUUCAAGACUCCUGGAUUUCUUUCUCUCUCGCUCCUUCUAAUCAGACUAAUUAAUACCUGGUGAUGACAUCACCAGAUGAUUAGACUCUCUGGCCAAUCAGAGACAUGAUUCAAUCAAUCAAUUAACUAAACCAGGAGUACUUUGGUGUUCCAGGCCUGGAGUUGAAUUCCCUUGGACCCUAACUGCUACCACUAGCAUUUGUUUUGGAGCCCGCCUGUGCCUUUUGGAGAGUGCUGCCCCCCUUCUCCCAUCAUCAGCAGCUGCAGCACGUGUAGCGACGUGCUCAGCCGUGUUGGUUGGUCCACUCCUCUUGAAAACUGCUUGCAUCCCAAAUGGAACCCUAUUCCUUAUAUAGUCCACUACUUUUGACCAGACCAGUCUCGAGUCAAAAGUAGUGCACUAUGUAGGGAAUAGGGCCCUAUGGGGACUCUGGUCAAAAGUAGUGCACUAUAUAGGGAACAUGGUACCAUUUUGGGACACAGGCCUCUCUAAGAAACACCCCUCCUCCCACACAACACAGACCUGUUUGUAUGUUGCAGAAAUCAAUGGACCCGUCAGUAAAGACUAAAGACAUCAAGUAGAACAUGCUUCCUUGUUUUCCUACACCGUGUUUUAAAGAGUCUCUAGAGGGGCUGGGGGAGUAGCGCUGGGGCUUCCUGUGUGUGUGUGUGGGGCUUCCUGUGUGUGUGUGUGGGUGGGUGGGGAUUCUCUGUGUGUGUGUGUGUGUGUGUGUGUGUGUGUGUGAGAUCAUGCUGUAGGUGUUCAGAGGGAUGAGUACAUUGCACUGUCUUGGGACUUAGCAGGAAGUGAGCAAGGCGGGAGUUCUCAUCAACCUGGGGUUUUCCACGCACACACACACACACACGGUUCCAUCUAAGGUCCACUUAGGCCUGGGGUUUAUCCUUCAUCUGUUCUAAUGUGACACAUUUUCUCACUGUAGGUUGGCACAUAUGAUGCAUGACACACACUUCAAUUGGAAGGGUUUUAGUAUGUGUUUGAUGAAAUGAGUUCCCACACACCUGGGGGUUUCCUCAUGUGUUUGACACUCAUUUCCUCCCUGUGACUGCAGGUGGGGGAGUUAUUGAUGAGGCAUGUCACACUGACACCAACACACACUUCUAUCGGGGGCAGAUUUCUGGAAUGUAUUGGGCUCACAUGUUCCAAUAACAUUACAUUGUUUACACGUUUCAAAUCCGAAGCUACUGGUCCCAUUGAGGAAGCUCAGUUUAAUGAAUAAAGAUCUACAACUGGAA